AUGUCAUCGUCAUCACUAGUUUAUUUCAAUAAAGAUACUUUUCUUGAUGGUACAGGUCGAGGUAAAUUAUCUCGACAAGUUAAAUUUACAUUGGAAUCAAAUAAUGAAACACCAUGUGUACCAUCAUUGUCUAUUGUUAAAGAAAAAUCCGAUAAAAAGAAACAUCGUCAUAUCGCUAAAGUAAUUUCUGUUGAUAUUCAACUGCCAUUACCACCUAACUUAGAACGUAGACCACAAACACUUAUUUCAUGUGAACAAUUUCCAAAUAAUUAUAUAUCUCCAACAAGUUUAUCUAUUCUUCAUUGGUCAAAAUAUCAUGGACGAAAUGUAACAUUUUAUUUAAAAGAUAUUGGCUAUUUUUCAACUGCUGAUCGUUCAGAUGCAAAUCGUUGUCGAGAAGAUUUUCGUUAUUUAAAACGACUUAUCUAUGAUAUUGAUGAUACACGAGAAUUAAAACAAAUGAAAAUUGAAUUUGAUCUUAACAUUGGUUCAGCUUAUUUAAUUCCAGCUGAACCAGCAGCGUCACUCGAUGCUUUACUUUGGUGGAUCAGUAAACAUAAACAUAGUUUAUUAGAUAAAAAACGACGAUUUACAUUUGAUUUUGUUGCUUGGCGUGGAACAAUAAGAAAAAUCAUGUCAUCAUUAUUUAAUAAUGAAACUGAUUGGCGUAUUGGUGUUAUUCGUUUUCGUGGUGCUUACUUUUUACAUGUAUUUCAUACAGAAACAGAAUUAAGUAUUGAAUUUGGCCAAACGCCUAUUGAACAACGCAUGUGUUAUUGGGGACAUAAAUUUGAAGAUUACCUCUGCUCAGAAACGCCUCCAUUGUUUCCGUGUCCAAAGAAACUUUUUUCACUGGUAAAUUUAGCUACAUUAGGUGUGCAUACUCUUUUAUAUGGUAGUGAAAUUGACGCUUGUACGCAAGAUUCAAUUCUAAUCGAUGAUAACAAUCCGAAAGCAACGAAAAAUUCGCAUAACGGUACUGAUUCAAACAUACAACAUAAGAAGAAACGAAAGUUUGUUGAAAUUAAAGUUAUUUAUGCAAAAAAUAUGUUGGAUUUACAUACAUCAACGGCUCAUAAAUAUGGGAAAUGGUGGUCACAAUGUUUCUUGACUGGUAUUGAACAAAUUUUAUUAGGUUUUCGUGAUGAUUAUGGUGUUGUUCGACAAAUUCAACCAUUACUUAUCAAAGAUAUUGAAACACGUGCUCGUACAUGGAGUUCAAGUUCAUUUUUAUCAUUUCUCAAUGACUUUUGUGUUUUCGUUCGGAAGACAAUUACAAAGGAUUAUUUCGAAGAUGGAAAAACCGUCUAUCUCUUCUAUUUUUCUCCACAAGAGAAAAAAAUUAAAUGGCUCAGUACAACUGAAUCGAAGUAUCAAUUCUUACCCGAAUGGUUUACUUCACAAGAUUUUACACUGUCAGAAGUAUAA